ACGACAGCCUACGGCUCGCCAUCUCACUCACACCCCUCCCAAACUCGAAAAAUGAGUUUCAAGAUAUCCAAAUCAGACCUUCAAUUGAAACUGAAUGAAAAAGAUAGUAAUGUCACAUUUGGUGAAUCAUAUCGCUUCGCAGAAAUUCAAAAGAUUCUCAUUCGAAACGAAGAAAACGACGAAUUCAUCGAGAGCGGCUUUGUUAUCUGUACUCAGUGUAACUUGAUGAUAUCACAGUCAGAUGGGAGUCAUCUGAAGAGGCACGUUAUUACGACUUGUAAAAAACGAAACAUUUCGAUUGGUCGUUCAGAGCUGGAACCUAUUGAAAAAGUCAGAAAAAUCACAGACUAUAGCACGAAGAAAUUGAAGGAUUCCGAAGUUCAGAAAAUCACCUCUGCGUUGGGCCGGUAUUGCUUGAAAACUGGAAAAAGUUUUCACCAUCUCGGUUCCGAAAAUAUGAAGAAAUUGUUGAUUGAAAUUUGUAAUUCAAUAAACGCCGACUUUGUGAUUCUCUCUGCCAACUCUUGGGAGCAUAUCAUCUACCGUAUCGCUGCUCAUGGUGACGUCAUUUCCGGCCGGGUUUGCAACCUGGUGUCACCUGUUGAGCCCAGCACUUAA